CACUUGCAAUAAUGUAAUUGUCAGAAUGUAUGUACGUUUUAUCCGUUAAUGUUUGUAAUAUACAAAAUCGUCCUGAAUAGCGUUUAUCAUUGCUCUCGGUAUUUAUCCAUACCCAUCCAUUUACCACAAUUGGCGACGAGGAUAAUUGGAUUAAAGAUAAUUGGAAAGGAUAAUUGGUUAAAAGAAAAGGUCGAUAUUUUUUUUCAACAUAACCUAAUUGGACGCGUGCUCUAAUUUUUCUAAUACAUAUUUUUUUGGGUUACGUUCGUUACAACUUGGUGGAAAGAUGCCAGCCGGUGCACAAAACGUUGUAGUUACUGACGCAGUCAUGGGACACAGACCAAUUGUAGGCUCGAUGGCAGAAUACAAUCCAAAGGAAGAUUGGGAGUUAUAUAAAGAGCGUUUGGAUCAAUUUUUUGAGGCGAACCAGAUUACACAUGCACCAUAUUGCACAGCGACACUCAUCACGUUAAUUGGAACAUCAACGUACCGAAUUUUGCGAGAUUUAUGCAGCCCAGUUUUGCCAAAGGAGAAGACAUAUGCGGAGCUUUGUCAAUUGUUAAGACAGCAUUUUACUCCAGCGGUAGCAGUAUUUAAAGAGAGGAUUGAAUUCUAUAGUGCAAAGCAAGAGGACGGAGAAACUAUCAACGAUUGGUAUUUACGAAUUAAAAGCUUAGCUUCAAAUUGCAAUUUUCAUCAUUUGGAAGACAUCCUCAAAGACAAAUUUGUCACGGGAAUGUUGCCAGGCAGAAUUUUAAGUCGUAUUUGUGAAGAAGAUCCAACCAAGAAAGAUUUGGAAGCACUCAAAGUUUUAGCACAAAGUUUGGAGGUGACGCUGAAAGAGAGAGACAACAUUCAUUUUGUGGGGCGAAGAAAAUCUUCACAGUUGCAGGGGAAAUCUGGACAACAGAAACGAGAGGUGCCGUCAAGGAGUUUUCAACCGAUUCAAAAAUCUUCAAGUAAAUUCCAGCCAGGGACUAAUACGAGGUGCUACGCUUGUGGUGAGACAAAUCAUAAUUAUAAAUUUUGUAAAUAUAAACGAUAUAAGUGUACUAACUGUUCAAAGUUUGGGCAUAUUAGUAAAGUAUGUGCAAUUAAUAUAAAAAAGCAACAUUUUUUACAAGUUAACGAUGAAGAAGUUGUUGAAACAGACGAUUUUCCAGAGGCAUUGUACAAUCUAUUUAAAUUGAGCGAUAAAGACAUUGUAGAUAGGCAAAGUUUAUUUAGUAUUCAGCUAGAAAUAGAGAACAUUAAAUUUUGUUUUGAGGUAGAUACGGGGGCUAGUGUGUCCAUUUUGCCCGAAGGUAUUUAUAAGGAAAAAUUGUCUAUGAUUCCAUUAAGAAGAUGUAAUACUAGUUUACAAUGUUAUGAUGGGAAAAUGAUUAUUCCAUUAGGAUCGAUAAGGGUAAACCUAUGUUAUCAAAAUAACAAUUUUAUGACAACUUUGUUAAUUGUAAAUAGUAAUGGUCCACCAUUAUUGGGUCGAGAUCUGAUAAGUAGAUUAGGAAUUAAGUUAGUGGAAUUGAAAAACAAUAAUGUUUAUAGUAUUAACGUGGUAGGGAAUUCUAAGAGCUUGAACGCUUUGUUAGAUAAAUAUGAAAUCAUUUUUCGUGACGAGUUAGGAAAAUUUUCCAAAAGUAAAGUUUCUAUUACCGUUCCAGUUAAUACAAAACCAAUAUUUUGCAAACCUUAUAAUAUUCCAUUUGCAUACAAGGCCAAAGUUGAGCAAGAACUUGAUAGAUUAGAGAAAAUUGGCGUAAUUACAAAAGUCGAAACAAAUAAUUGGGGAACACCACUAGUUCCAAUUAUUAAGAAAGAUAAUUCAAUUCGUUUAUGUGCUAAUUACAAAAUAACUGUAAAUAAGUUUUUAGAUAACUUCAAUUACCCAAUACCUUUAAUUGAAGAUAUAUUUGUAGCAUUACAAGGAGGUGUAGAAUUUACCAAAUUAGAUUUAAGCCAAGCAUAUAAUCAGCUCAUAGUGGAUGAUCAGACAAAAUCACUAUUAGCGUGGAGUACUCACAAAGGAGUUUAUUUAGUUGAACGAUUACCAUUUGGGGUGAAAACGGCAUGUGCAAUUUUUCAAAAAGAAAUUGAUACUAUCUUAAAAGGGUUAAAAGGAGUGUGUUGUUUUAUUGAUGACAUUAUUAUAACAGGUAGUACUCGCCAAGAACAUUUGCAAAAUUUAGAAGCAGUUUUAGUUAAGUUAGCCGCUUCUGGUAUCAAAGUAAAGCUAGAUAAAUGUGAAUUUUUUAAAAGUAAAAUUAAUUAUCUAGGUUACGUUAUUGAUCGAGAGGGGUUACACAAAGAUAAUGCGAAAAUUCAAGCAAUUAAAAAUGUAAAUAGGCCUGAAAAUGUAAAUAGGCCUGAAAAUGUCACUCAAUUAAAAGCUUUUAUAGGUAUGGUCAAUUAUUAUGGCCGAUUCAUAAAAAAUUUGGCAAAUAUUCUAAAACCGUUGUAUGAACUAUUGCGUAAAGAUGAAAAGUUUCGUUGGAACAAAAGUUGCGAGGAGGCAAUGGAGAAAGCAAAGGAUGCUAUUAGUUCAGAUAAUGUACUGAUACAUUUCAAUCCAAAGUUACCACUUCAGUUAGCUUGCGAUGCUUCUAUGUAUGGCAUUGGUGCGGUUUUGUCACAUAUUGACGAACAGGGAAUGGAAAGACCAAUAGCAUUCACUUCAAGAAUUUUAUCGAAAGCUGAGCAAGGAUAUUCAAUUAAAUGGCCUGAAAUAUUUCAGUUAAAUACAAUUAAUACAAAAAUUACAAUUGAAAAAUUAAGGGAAACAUUCGCUCGCUAUGGAAUUCCUAAAACAAUCGUAUCAGACAAUGGAAGACAGUUCACAUCAUCGGAGAUGAAAACCUUUUGCGAAAAUAACGGCAUUAAACAUGUUUUUACACCACCUUACCAUCCGAACAGCAAUGGAGCAGCUGAAAACACAGUAAAAACCUUUAAAGCAAGUUUGAAUAAAGCAUUAAAGGAUCCCAAAUGCAGAAGUGCAUCCAUAGAAACACUGAUAUCAAGAUAUCUGUUGUGGUAUAGGAAUGCAAUGCAUAGCACAACAGGAGAAUCACCAGCCCAAAAGAUGUUUGGAAGGAAACUACGAAUGAAGUUUGAUAGGAUUAGAUCAAAUAAUAACAUCGAACUGGAAGGCCAAGUAACAGACAAGAAGCAAUGUUUGGUGGGGGCACAAGUUUAUAUAAGAGAUUAUAGAAAUCCCAAAGAACAAAAAUGGAUUAGAGCAUCGAUAACAAAGAAGAUCGGCGAGGUAAUAUAUGAAUGUGAAAUUCCGGAAACCGGGACAACGCACAGAAGACAUCGGGACCAGAUAAUACAAGUAGAAAAACAUUCAAGGAGCACAGGAGACAAAGGGAAAUCAAAAACUAAAAGGAUAGGGUAUGUACCGAAGACGAUGGAAGAAAAUAAGACGACAUCAAAUUUGGAUGAGAGAAGCCACACGAUUCAAGACGAAGUAUUAGUUGAAGACGAAGUAUUAGACAAUAUCGAUCAAGGAAUUGUUACUGCAAGUACACGACCAAAGCGUAAUAUUAGAAAGCCAGAUAAGUUAGAUUUAUAG